CAGCGCUCCUCUGUCCGACUGUUCUCGAGGAUCCUGGGCUGGGCUCGUCGUCGAGGCUUGGUCGCCACCUGCGGGGUGAUUGCCUCCUCCUGGGGGGAAAGGCGGGGAGUGUCACAGGCCGUGUGAAAAGGGGGUCUUUCUCUGUCUCGCGUCCCACCAGCCGCAUGGGAGGCACCUGGAAGGUCUGAGGGGCUGGGAGACAAGUUGCCGUGAAAAUGAUGCAUCCUGUUGCCAGCGGUAAUACUGCUUUCUGUGGGCCUGGCAAGGCUUCCUGCCUCAAUGAAGACAAUAUGAGAGCUGCUGAUCAAUUUGACUUAUAUUCCUCUCAACAAAGCAAAUACAGCCACACAGUCAGCCACAAACCAAUCGCUUGCCAGAGGCAAGACCCGCUAAAUGAAACACAUUUACAGGCUACAAGUGGCAGAAGCAUAGAGACAAAAGAUGAACUCAAGAAAAAGAAAAACCUCAGUCGAUCUGGUAAACGUGGCAGGCCCUCAGGGACCACCAAAUCAGCAGGAUACCGAACGAGCACAGGACGACCCCUUGGAACCACCAAAGCAGCUGGAUUUAAGACAAGUCCAGGCAGACCUCUGGGUACAACUAAAGCUGCAGGAUACAAAGUCAGCCCAGGGAGACCUCCAGGAAAAAAGCAGCAAGCCUUCAGGUGUUCCAGUGAUGCCUAACACAUAAUGAGCUGGACUUUAUGCUGUGCUUUACAGUAAGAGGUGUUGAAUUAUAUGUGGGGACUAUGUGUGCACUGGCAACUAAGACUUUGAACCUCAACAAUCUUAGCAUUGCACAGACCAUAUAGAACAAUUUUGAAUGGCUACAUAGAUUGAUUUGUAACCUAAUGGCAGCUAAAUUGCUACUAAACCAGGUUUUGAAUCUGGUCAUAUGUUCUAUUUCUUAACAAACUUAAAGUAUAAAAGUCUUAAUUAUUUACUUGGAACAUUAUAACUUCUGACACACAUGCUUUUACUGUCAUUAACACUCACAAUGUAAUUGUCAUUUAUUUGUUUCACAUGAUAAUGCCUAGCAGUGUUUUGAAAUUUUUUAAUUACUUUGGAAAACAUCGCUUUAAUUGAAUGAUCUAAUUGUGGGAAUGACACAUUCCACUAGCAAGGAUUUGGUUGCAUGUUGCCUUUAUACCACUUCUUCCUUUCCUGUCAAUUUCUUUUCAUGCUUGAUUUUGUUUUUCCUUUUGUGCAUCUACACAGUGGUGCUGUGUUGUGUGUCAGAAGACAAUACAGAUGUAUUAUUGUUACACUAGUAUAAUGGACUUUGUAUUCCAAAACAUUGAAAUGAUGAAAUCAGCUGAAGAAGAUAUGUUCAUUAUGGUGUUUAUUGAUGAUAUCAAGAAAAAAGGGGGGCAAUGCCAACAAUUAUAGAUAACACAAAUUAGAACCCUACUUUUGCAGUUCAUGUGAAGGGCUCCCUAGAGAAUUGGAUUUGUGCACUGACGAACAUCUCUUGAUUCCAGUUUCUUUUGAACAGUUUAUUGGUGCCAUGCUGAAGAGAAAGAAGUCUUAAGAGAAUGAAGUCUUAAAAUAUAAUUUGAUUCUAUAUAAUCUACCACGUACAUCCGUGGAUUUUUUUCUUUUUUGGUAACACUGUCUUUUGUCAUGAUAAACACUGAAAUAGCAUGUUAAAAACUGUCUAUAUUUGGAAUGGUCAGUGAGGAAGAAAAUGGCCUUCCCCCCAUGAUAUGAUUGUUUUUUGAGACGUGAAUUGCUCAUUUUAUUCUAUGUAACUCUGCUUUUCAUAAAAUAGGAUUCACUGUUCUGUAUUAACACUGUUGGUCAGAAUAUGAUCUAAAAUACAAGUAAGUUGUUCUAUUGUUUUUUUUCUCUUUCAGUAUAUUUUUAUGCCUUAUUUAUGAAUAAAUGAAUGCUUUAGUAUCUUAAGUAAGGAGCUAAUAAUAUGUUAAUUGCCCUUGAUUUGCCAACAAAAUGAAUUUUGCUUAAUUAAUCUUUAGGAUCUGAUGAUAAUACUUUCUCAAGUCUUGCACUGGAUAUUUAAAAAUAUUGGUACCACAUAUUGGCAGAAAAAAACACAUUGACAGGAGGCUGAUAUUUAAUAUUUUGGGUUCCGUUUUUAAAUUAGUUUUCAGAUUGACUAUUAAAAAAUACUGCACAUUAUCCUUACUUUUUAAAGGUAAAGAUUUUAUCCAAUUUGAUGAGUAUUUUGUAUGAACAAAUACUGAUUAUAUACACAAUCAUUCUAAAAUGGGAUCUGAUGAUCUUUAAAUUUCUUUAAAACAAAAACCCGUGAUCCAGUUGAUGAGUUAUUAGCCCAUUUUAAGGAUAACGUCAAAAUAUGAUGUAAAAAGAGAAUUUUACUUUUACAUAUUAAAAAGCUUUAAAGACAGAUAAUUCAGGUGCUUACAGUAGUAACUGCAACUCUGUACGUCAUUAUUAAUAGAUGUAUAGUAAAAUUUUAUCACACUUUUUCAGCAAAAUUGAAUAAUUCAGAACACUUAUUCAAAAGGUUUUUCAUUUCUGGAUGUUUUGUUCCCUCUAUAUUCUUAUAUUAUAGUACAUAUAUUUUUAAAUAUAGCUUUAACUAUAUGUUUAUAAACACUAGGAUGUAUUAGAAUCUUUCUCUUUUCUUUUUUGCAAGUAGAAUAUAUAAGCCUAUGAUUGCAAGUAUUAAUUUCACUUUUGAAAAUUAAAUGAUAUAGUAAAAUUACUGAAAUUUGUUUUGUAAUCAGACCACUUUGAUUCUUUAAUUUUUUACAGUUUGCUUUUCCCACAGAUAAUUAUGGAUGAAAUAAUUACCAAUUAAUUAAUAUCAGCACACUGUCCUCUGCUGUAAAAAGUCUGAUAGAUACUGUGUAUGUUUUUAUGUCCAUGAACUUGAGCUACUCGUGUGCAAUUAUGUGUAUAGGAAUGGAGUAGUGUUCAUGAUUUGUAUCUACAUCAUCAUAUGGAUGUAUAUUUAUUAAUAAAGUCAU